UCCAAUGAGAGGAUACUGGCAGAUCACAUAAGACCGAGAUGAAACGUACCAAUUAGCAGCAAGCAAAGCUGAGCUCUCAAGACGGAGGAGGGGUAAAAGAAUUGAGAAGCGAAGAGGGCAAGCCAUCUUCCCUGCGGCAUCGCUUUCUACACUAAACAAAUUUGAGAAUACGCACAGAUCUAAGAGUGACAUAUUGUAUGGGCACUAUCGAAUGGACUGGCCGCGCGAGAACAUGGGCAUCAGCGAAAAGGACUUCCGCAAUGUCUUCAAAUACGAGCCAAAGGUUAGCCGAGUGGUGAAGAUCAUGUCAACUGAUCCCGCGCCCGCUAUAGACCUGCUGGAGACGCCAGAGGAAUGGGAAGAUUGGCUGGACGUGAAACUGCCAUCACCCCAAAGCGGACCUUCAGGGCUGGUACUCAUUCUUGCAAGGAGACCAGGCCAUAAUCGAGUAUCACAAGAUGAUAUGGGAAGGGAACUGCCCUCAAAACUGGAAAGAUCUGCAACUUUUCCUGAUGAGGUUGGUGUUAUGCCAGAUUCUGAAAAGGGGCCGGUGCCGAGUCAAAAUGGACGUCGGAGUGCCAGCACCAUGCCGUUCUCUAUGGAAACCUUCAAAUUGAUUUCAAGGAGAUUCUUCAUGCAUGGUUCUAUUGCGAGGGUUGUGAAUCGGUCCGACGUACCGAUAUUCUCGCGAGCCGAACUUCAUAUGGGAAGUCCGGAGGGUCCUGCGUAUCCUGCAUAUGUGUACAACUGCCGAUCGAGCAACGCUUGGGAAAGGGAUCUUGCCUUAAGUGUUACCCAUUUCCCCCGUAGUCGUCUCACAUACGCCGUAAUGUUCGGUUGUCCAGCUUCUGUCGAACAGAACGUCAUUGAUCGCUUAUUGGUAUCAAUGGCAGAAGCUUCACACCCGCUAUUGCUCCCGGGGAUCUUUGCCGAACUAGAGCGGAAUCGGCACAUGGAAAUUGUGGAGUCUACCAUGGACAGCAUCGAGGAAAGUAUUUUCCGACUGGACAAUCGGAAACCUACCGAGAACCAGAUGCAAGAUCCCGAGUUAGAGACCAGAAACUGCAAGGAACGCUCUGCAUGGCUAGACACAACCUACUUGAGGAACGGCCUCCAAAGCUGGAGAAAGCAACUGGAAAAGAUGCUUGAGCAUGUAGAAGAACUGAAAGAUCAAUCCUAUUCAAGGCCAGAGCUCGGUGUCACAUGGAAGCUCUUGAAUAAGUUGAAUAUGGAUGAGACUUCCGCAGAACAAACCAAAGGCAUCGAAAACAGCGGAAUAGCACAAUUCUGGGAAAAGGAAGAGUGCUAUAAGCAGUGCACCAGAGUUAGCAUGAAGAUCAAAGACCGCUUGAAAUGCAUCAUCGACGAGUAUGAGGAGAAAAUCAGAGAAUGCACCAUGCGGGUAGAUGGCGUGGCCAUGGCCACACAAUGGUCUCAUGGCGAAACAAAUGUCGAGAUAGCUCUUGCGGCCGGAAGAGACUCCCGACACAUGCGGUCCAUAGCGGUAGUAACUAUGGUGUUCCUACCAGGGACCUUCUUCGCGAGUGUCUUCUCUAUGGGUUUCUUCAACUGGCUGCCAGAAGACAAUGAUUCAGUUAUAUCUAGGUAUUUCUGGAUCUAUGUCCUGGCCACCGUUUCAACAACUCUGAUCACUCUUGGAGCUUGGUAUUAUUUCAUUGUCUGGCGGCAAAAGCGACAUCGAUUCACAUCGGAUGAGGAACAUUAUAUCCUAUAAUGUCAGAAAACACAGCACAUUCGGGCACUAUUUCGCGGAGUUCAUAACGGGUGAUCCCGAAUGACAGAGACGAGUCUCGGGACGGUAGCAAACGGAUGAAUGAGACAAGUGACAGAUCUGAAGAAGUGAGGGAAAUUGCUGACCCAAUGCAAACAUUGCCAGUCAAGAUGAUGUUAGAUACGACUAUUGGGGCUUGUACGCUUUUCUUUUGGUGUGGUGUUGUAUGUUGCGGCAUGGACGUUGUAUUUACUAUGGGUACGUUUGGCUUGACGAGCGGUGCUGUGUUACUUACCACUUUAGCAAUGCGUGUCGGUGGGCAAAUAAUUGUAAAUAGCAAUAGUAUAUGAAACUUCCACAGCCUUCCGUCC